AUGUUUGCCUCGACUGUGGCGCUUGUAGCGCUGCUCGCGGCCCAGAGCGCGCACGCGUUCUACCUUCCUGGAGCGGCGCCUAAGGACUACAAGAAGGGCGACAAGGUCGACCUGUUUGUCAACGCCUUGACACCGAUGCUUUCUGGGAAGGAGAACUCCAAAUUGAAAUCACUAAUCAACUACGACUACUAUAACCCGCACUUCCACUUCUGCGAGCCUGAAGGAGGCCCAGUAAAGCAACCAGAGUCGCUGGGCUCCAUCUUGUUCGGUGAUCGCAUAUUCAACUCCCCAUAUGAUAUCCGUAUGCUAGAGGAUAAUGGGACAUGCCGCUCGCUCUGCCACUCCUCAAUACCGAGAGAGGACACUACGUUCUUGAAUGAUCGUAUCCGGGAGGACUACGCUCUGAACUGGAUCAUUGAUGGUCUGCCCGCUGCCGAGAUGAAGGUUGACCUCAAGACCGGAGACAUGUUCUUCGACAUGGGCUUCAAUCUGGGCAACGACGAGCCGCCAUUCUCAGAAGAGAAGCCGGCGUUAAACAACCACUACGAUAUCGUGCUAAGGUAUCAUGAGCCCCGACCUGGAGAGUAUCGCAUCGUCGGUGUACUUGUUUGGCCGUCAAGUCGAGGUGGUUCCCAGGAUGGUUCCUUGGAUUGCGAUACCACAGUGCCAAUCGAACUGGAUGAGAGUACGCCGUGGAAGGUUCGCUAUACUUACCGUGUGAUGUGGAAUCAAUCUGAUACGCCAUGGGCUACCCGUUGGGAUAAUUAUCUGCAUAUUUUUGACCCUCGCAUUCACUGGUUUAGUCUGAUCAACUCGCUUGUUAUUGUGGUCUUCUUGUGCAUAAUGGUCUCUAUGAUCCUCCUGAGAAGCGUUUCGCGCGAUAUCUCGCGUUACAACGCGAUUGACCUUAGCGAAGACGUCCAAGAAGACUGGGGCUGGAAGCUCGUUCAUGGCGAGGUGUUCCGCACACCGAAGAACCCCAUGGUGUUGUCCAUCCUAGUCGGAAACGGUGCCCAGCUGUGCGCGAUGGUUGCGGUCACACUGAUCUUCGCACUGCUCGGCUUCCUCUCACCAUCCAAUCGCGGAUCCCUUGCUACUGUCAUGAUGGUCUGCUGGACGUUCUUUGGGAGCGUGAGCGGCUACGUUUCAAGCAGAGUCUACGCCUCGAUGGGUGGCGCCGAGCGUCGCAAGAACGCAUUCCUCACUGCCACUCUCCUUCCCACCUUCGUUUUCGCCAUCGUCUUCCUCCUGAACCUAUUCCUCAUCACAGCUGGCUCGUCUGGCGCUGUACCCUUCGGCACUAUGUUGCUGAUUGUUUUGCUCUGGUUCGGCAUCUCGGCACCGCUAUCAUGGAUUGGCGCCUACUUCGGCGCUAAGCAUGGCGCUGUCACGAACCCGGUCCGUGUCAACCCCAUUCCGCGCCAGAUCCCUCCGGGUCCCAAGUAUUUGCGCCCAUGGGCCGCGACCUUGUUGGCCGGUAUUUUGCCCUUUGGUGCCGCAUUUGUCGAGCUGUACUUCAUGCUCUCCAGCCUGUUCGCUUCAAGGGCAUAUUACGCCUUUGGCUUCUUGGCUCUGACCGCUGGUGUUGUCGCACUUACGACGGCGACCGUCACAAUCCUCUUCUCCUACUUCAUCCUCUGCGCUGAAGAGUAUAGGUGGCACUGGCGCGCAUUCUUGACUGGCGGCGGCAGUGCCUUCUGGCUCUUCGCGUACGGCAUGUUCUACUGGGCUUCGCGCCUAUCCCUCGACUCGUUCUCUGGAUUCGUACUAUACCUCGGAUACUUAUUAUUGCUCUGCAUAUUUGACUUCCUCGUCACGGGUACCAUCGGCUUUUUGGCCACCUACUGGGCUGUCCGCCGGCUGUAUACGUCCAUCCGUAUUGACUAG